CAAAUGUUUGCAGGCAAUAUUGUUAUCAAUUGCUAUGCCUACUGCCGUUUGCUUGUCAGACAUUUAUUAUUAUUUUUAAAAAAUUUGUUUUUGAUCAUGAGUACUGUCUAGACAGUAGUCAGUAAACCGGCAGCUCUCAGCCGAUAGCACCGAGGUCUGACCAAGUUCGGCUGUGGUCACUUCAGUAUUAUUUGAAGGUAAACUUCUCCUUUCUUUUUGUUAAUUAUUUAGUCUCAAUUUUUAAAGUAUAUUUUAUGUACAUGUAUUACUUUUAACGUUAAUACACCAAAAAAAUUACAUCCACACAUUGAACCAUGUAUUUGGAGAACAAAAAUAUUGUAUUGUUAGCCACUGGUUCAUUUAAUCCACCUACAAACAUGCAUUUUCGAAUGUUUGAAAUCGCUCGGGACCAUUUAAAUCGUUUAGGGUAUACCGUUUGUGGUGGUUUGGUAUCGCCUGUCCACGAUUCAUACAAAAAAAAAGAUUUAGUGGCGUCAACUCAUAGAUGCGCUAUGCUUGAAUUAGCACUUACAACUUUGCCAUGGGUAAAGAUGUCCAAUUGGGAAGUCAGACAGAAUAAAUGGACUUGUACAAGACAAGUGCUGCAAUAUCAUCAGAACUAUCUCAAUUCAGUAAUUAAUUCAAGACUAAAUGGAACCAACAACGAGAAGUUCUUGUUACCUGUGCAAUUCCUCAAAGAUAUUAUUACAAAUAAAUCAAAAACAAACAGGGCGAUUAAUGUUAGAUUAUUGUGUGGAGCCGAUUUACUAGAAUCAUUUGCUGUACCAGGGUUAUGGGACGAUGACGACAUUGAAACAAUUGUCAGAGAUUAUGGAUUAGUUGUAAUAAGUAGAUCUGGGUCCAAUCCAAAUAAAUUUAUUUAUGAAUCGGACAUUUUAACUAAGUAUAUGGCAAAUAUAAUCAUAGUUACUGAGUGGAUAUCAAAUGAAAUAAGUUCAACAAAAAUACGCCGUGCUUUAUGUCGUAAUGAUAGUGUCAAAUUUCUUCUAAAUGAGUCAGUUGAAUCUUAUAUAAAAGACCAAGGUCUUUACGGCACUGAUAAUAAUAAGUAUAUAAAUACAUUAGAUGUUGACUUAUGUAGUGUUUUAUUAACACCUUCCCCUAGCACUAAAACCCUUCAAACGCCAAGUAUUAUGGAUCAAACAGUUGUUAUCAAUGAGCCUGACCAUACUAAAAUUAUUCACAGCAAGAGAAAAGAAAAUAAUUGUAAAAAGUCCAAGGUAAGCAAUGAAGAUGAAAGUAAACUAAAUAUAUGUAGGGUCGCCAUACAGGUGUCUAAAAAUGGUCUAGUUGAAGUUAUAAGUGACAGGGAAACCAUGGUUUAAUAAAAAAUAUCAAACAUUUUUAAUUGUAGAUUGUAGGAUAUAGUUUUUUAUUUGUAAUAUUUUGUGCCAAUUUUAUCCGUCAGGUAUACAAUUAGUAACUUUGUCAAUUUUUCACAAGGCCAAUAUGUUUUUGGGGGCGGUUGUAUCUAAAUAUCUAAUAUUGCCAAAAAAUAAAUUUUAAGUGUUGGAUUAAAAAAGAAAAAUAAUUUUUUUUUUGUAAUUGUAUUUAACUGGUUAUUACUGCCCACCGGUGAUAAAAAUAUAUGUAUAUAUUAUAUCAUAAAUUGUAACUGUGAUUUUACUAAAUGAAUUAAUGUCUUCUUUAUAUGUU